UUUUUAUCUUAUAAUAAAAUAUAAUCGUUAGAGUUGUGUAAUAAUUUGUUAUUUAAGCAAUAUAAUUUUAGUAAAAUGUAUAUUUAGUUCCUUUUUUUUAAUUUCUGUCACGUUUCCGUAAAACUUGUACGUACAGCAAGGAGAGUUUUUCUCAUAAGCAUCAUUUAUUUUCUCACAUUUAUGUACAAACUGUAUAAUUAAAAGGUCUAAACAUUUUAAAACAAGUUAUCAACACCUGAUUUAUAAUUAUAGAAACACAUUUAGUGCUCUUAAUAACAUGGCAGUGUCUGAAAAGCAUGAUUAAUUUUAUUUCAUUAUUGUCGUUUAUUGUCAUUGUGUUGUAAUUUUCAGUUGUUACUUUUUAAUUAUUUAAAGUUGCUUGUGCAAUUUUAGGUUAAUGUUGAAAUAAUGACUACCCGUAAUGGCGUACUGAAAAAGGAGAGAGGAAAACAGUUGCCACUGCAUGUUUCGCCAUUGUACUCCAAAAGACAACUUUUACAGGCAGCUGAAAGAAAACUGAGAACAUUUUUUUAAUAUUUCUGAUGAGCCAUACCAACUUUUACAUUAUAAUGGGUCAAUUGUAGAUAAAGUACCUGGAAAUGAAAAACCAUUUAUGUUACAAGAUUUUAAGGAUGCCAUUGGAAAACCAUUUAAUAGACUUAGCUUUUUCAUCUGCACUGAGAAAGAAUACAGUGAACUUAGUAAGUAAGAAAGAAAUAAGCAGUUAUAUUUUUUGGCUUUUGUUUUAUUCAGAUUACAGGAUCAUUCCUGUAUUUCUUAGUUUUCAUUAUAACAAACAUUUUGAGCUUCUUACUUUAUUUGACUGUCGCCAUAUGAAAUGUACUUUGAUUUUUUUUUAUUAAAAUGUAAUUCCUGAUGGCAUUGCAUUAGAUAUGAUGAUCUAAAGACUGAAUACUAUGGCCUACUACUGUUAAUUCUGUAUUCAGUUUGUCUCAUUGCAAAUUGCUUUAUGUAAAAAUGCAUUAAAAUAUUACUUUUGAACUUUUGUACCAGAGAAUAAACUUGAAUGUAAAUGCAGUUGGGAAAACAUAACUAAUUUUAUUUGUACUCACGUCCAAAGUUGUGCAGUGUGAUCUACUGAAAAAUAAAGAAUUUACCAUCCUGUUAAGAAUGUACAUACUGUAUAACUUAUUCAUUGUGAUGGUGACAUAAUUUGUUGAAGUAGUAAUGUCCAUAUUAUGUUCACAAAGUAUUUCCUUUUUUUGUAGGUAAGACUGAAGAUAAUGAUAAUGAAGUAGUAGUUUAGCCAAAACAUUCUGAAGAAGAUUCAUUGAAUGACACACUGGUAUUUAAUGGUUAACUCGGUCGUAUUUUUAAAAGAUAUGUGAUAGAGAUUGAUUGUUGAAAUAACAUUAAUAUGUCUCCUUAAUUUUUAUAUGUGUGUUUUUAAAGUUGUCAAUUGUUUACUACUAGUUACAUGAGUGAUGUCUCUAAAAUCAUUUAACCUAUGUGCAUCUUUUUUUACUUUAGUUAUGAUCCAAACAAUACGUGUGUUUUUUUUUUUCUCUCUCUUUCCCAAGCUGUGGUUUCAGAGCUCACCAAACACCACAGCCAUUAAGGCCAGCCAUGUGAAUUCACAGAACCAGAUAGAUUCAUCUAAAAAACAAAUGAAGUUUGAUGACGGAGCAGCAGCAAAGGAUGCAAGUGAAAGUGCUUCCAGUAUUGAAAGGGGUCACUGGUACAGAAAUUAUACUGAGGUGUAUGCACCGAUCCUUAUUGAAGAUGAAGAUAGCACAACAGAACAGGAGUCUGUGGAAACUGUGGAAUGAACAUACUGAUUUACAGCUCCUUUUUCUGAAGCCCUUGCCAAUGAUGUACUUUACCAUUGGAAGAAUGAUUGCUGUAUCACUUAUCCAUGGUGGUCCUGUCCCACAGUUUUUAUCUCGUAACCUUGUGAAUUACAUUGUGGGGACUGGUGAGAUUUCUCCAUCAAUUGAAGAUAUAUCAGAUCCUGAUAUUUACAAGGUGCUCCAAAAGAUAAAAAUGGCAUGCUGUCACAACCUUCUGAGAAAUACUAUAGAAGAAAAUGGCAGAAUGCUUCUAAUAGCAGGAUACUUUAACCAAGUUAAAGAAGUUGAUGAAAGAGAGAAACUUGUUCAGGAUUAUCUGGAAUGGUACUUUUUUACAAGAAACAGUCAAUAUAUUGUAAGAUUUAAAGACGGAUUAUCCACUCUCAAUCUACUUGAAAAACUGAAGCAGUAUCCAGGUGUAUUUGUAAACUGCAUGUGCUUUUCUCAAAGUAAGAUCAAUGCAGAAGCCACUGAAAAUAUUUUUAAGAUAAAUUUCAGUGAGGCAGGCAACAGCUGGAGACAUGAGGAAGGAAGAACUGCUGUAUAUUGGGCAGACUACCUCUUGGAUAUUGAAGCCUCAGAUAAAACUUCAACUUGUGAUCCUUCAUUAGAAGACAUUUUAAUGUUUGCAACUGGCCUUCAUGCUAUACCACCAUUAGGACUGCAGGCAAGACCAACAAUUUGCUUUCGCCAUGAUGGGUCACUACUGCCAGUGGCCAACACUUGUGACAAAAUCUUAAUUCUGCCAAUCCAUAAAACCUAUGAUAAUUUUAGAUUUUAUGUUAGUUUUGGAAUUUUAAAUUCACCAGGUUUUGGCCAGUAUUAACCUGAGUCACUUACAGUAUAUACACAUUUCACAGUAAUCUACUGUAAUGUGCAGUCAGAGACACAGCCUGAAAAGCUUUAACAAAGAGUUAGGAGCUACCAUCAUCAGAGUGGGGAUGUAUGCUACAUUCGUUUUGCCCAAAAAGAAUUGGAGGUGAGAAAUCACCCACAAAAAAAGGGAGUAAAGAACCACCUGAGAUGAAACAAGCAAUCCUGUUUCAGAGAACUAGAAAAAAAAGGCAAGACAGCAAAUACGAAGGAUUGUUCACUAUACCUCUGAAUUAAAAAUAGAACCCCUGUCACUGCAAGCUCCCCUUUUCUGCUACAGCAUUUCAUGUCUCUGCCAUUGUACGAUAGCAGCCUUAAUUCUUUACAACUACAUCCACUCAUGAUCCAGUCCUUUCAAUAUGUGAAAUGUAAAGACAGGCUGACAAGCUUCAAUUGAUUUUAGUUAGUUUUAAAAUGUUCAGAGUUCUAAAAAAACUUGAAGUUCUUAUAUAUUUGGAUAAAUAUUUUGGAUGCAGUGAAUUAGUUAUGGAUGUAGUUAACUUCAGGUUAACCAAGGCCAACAGUUUCAUAUUCUGUGUUCUUUAAAAUCACAAAACAAUGUUUCAGACAUUAGACAUCAUUAUAGAAAGUCUACAUGUUAUGCUUCUAAAGUCAAAAGAUUUAUGUAAAAUAUUGAGUUCUCCUUUAUUGAUUAAGCUAAUGUAUAAUUCUGUAACUUUGGAGUCUACAGUUAAGAAAUUAUUUGUUAAAUUAUUUACAAAAUGCUUACAUGAUUGUUGUAUGACCCUAGUUCUUCACAAUCCUCUUUUAUCAAACUGCAUUACAUUUCAUUUGUUUGAGCCAGAGUAAUGUACUAUACACACAUUGGGUACUUAACAGUUUAAAAAAUAAAUAAAUAAAGUUAUCUUUACAAAUCAGCUAUCUCUUUCAGCU